AUGUUUCAUAUUUUUCGUUGGCGACGUGAUCCUGAAAAUAUAACACCUUCAGAUCUUACAACAAAUCAAGAGCAUAAAGACUCUCAUUUACGACAUCAUGGAUUACAAUUCUAUCACGGAAAACCGCCAUUUGAACGUUUAUUUCAUGUAAGAAGACAUCGAUCAUCUUCCGAUUAUGAUAAACGACAGUUCAAAGUUACCAAUCGAUCUGCUGAUGCAGCACAAAUACGUCCAACUCAAACAAAAUAUGCACGUAUGCACGCACCUAUUUUAUCAUUUGAUGAAGAAGGAGACAUUCCAUUACCAACAGCUAAACAUAAACAUUUACUUUCUGCUAAUAUUCCACCUCUUUCUGAUUCUCGAGAUAAUCUUUCAGUAUCAAAAUCAGGUGGUGAUAGUGUAUCAGUUGAACAAACACGAAAAGAAAAAUUUCGACGUGCACUACGUUCUGUAUCGAAAGUUGCUUUUAGUCAACUUGGUUUAGGUGGUCUUGUUGUUGGUUAUGUUAUUCUUGGUGGAUUAAUAUUUGAUGCAAUCGAAUCACGUUUUGAAUUAGAACGCUUAGAAGCAAAAGAACGAAAUCGACAACAUUUUGUUGAUCAAUUAUAUACUCAUGCAUAUAGAGAAUUUAAUCGUGUUUUAAAUCAAACAUUUGAACUUAAAUAUGCAUUAUGGCGUGGUGGUUUAUCACGACAUGAUGAACGUAAUGAAGGAUGGCAAAUAGAUGUUGAAAAAGGAUUAUGGAAACAUCAUGUUGAUGAUGAAUUAUUACAAUAUUUUGGUGCCGAAGAAAAAAAUCAAUAUGGUGUUGAACAACAACAAGAACAAAAUACUGUACAAGUUUGGACAUUUUCUAGUGCUAUGCUUUAUUCAGCAACAGUUAUUACAACAAUUGGAUACGGAAAUAUCACACCAAAAACAACAGAAGGAAAAAUUGCAACAAUGAUAUAUGCUAUGAUUGGUAUACCUUUAAUGUUUAUGUGUUUAACAUAUACAGGUGAUUUAUUGGCUGAUGCAUUCAUAUCGGGUUAUUCAAAAAUGGUUAAUUGUCUUUAUCGACAAAUAUGUCGUGGUCGUUUAAAAAAUUGUUUACCUGAUGAUACUAGACGAAGUUUUGAACAACCUGAUUCAGAAGGUGAAGACACUCGACAUGUACCUAUUGUAGCAACAUUAGCUGUACUUGCACUUUAUAUAGUAAUGGGUGCAUUACUUUUUGCUCAAUGGGAAAAUUGGCAUGUAUUAGAUGGAGCUUAUUUUUGUUUUAUAACAUUUACAACAAUUGGUUUUGGUGAUCUUGUACCAGGUAAAGGUACAGUAACAGAAUCUAAAGCAGGUAAAGCAGCAAUGUGUGCAUUAUUUCUUUUGUUUGGUAUGAUUGUUAUGGCCAUGUCAUUUAAAUUAAUGCAAGAUGAAAUUCUAUCAAAAUUUCGUCGAUUUGCUCGACGUUUCGGUUUUGUUAAACGAAAUAUAACUGGUCCUGGAUGA